AUGCGUUUAUUUCUAACGUUUUUAUUGCUUGUCACGACAUCGACAGGCAUUUUAUUCGAAGACUGCUUGGAGAAACCCUUACAGCUUGUUCGGCCAAUUAAAAAGGGUGAAAAGCUAUAUUCGAAUUCCUUAGAUUUCUUUUUUCAAAAAGCUUUGCCGUAUACUGCUCUCCACACAUUCACUGAUGUUUUUCUUCAAAUCAAUCUCACUAAUCCGGACGUUUAUAGUUUCUAUCAGGGAGCAAACUGUACGGAAGUUCAAAAUCAUUACGAUAACGAUAAUCGAUAUUUUGGAAUUCUCAAAAAGGCGGCUAUCUUGCGAUCUCACCAGUUGAAUCCAUUCAACGACACGGUUGUGGGGGUUUCAACAACAUAUCCAUAUGAAGUGUCGGUUGUCAUUUGGAAAGUGAAUUACAUUCGAUUAGCAGUGUUUGCUGGAGCAAUCCUUUUGUUCCUUCUUGCCGGUCUACUAGUUCGCAACGUCGUUUUCUAUUACACAAGUGGAUGCUCAUUCGGUCUUCUUGCCUCGCUUCUUCUUGUAGCCUUUAUCGUAUGGCGAAUUGCACCCAAGAAAACCAUUGGAGUACCAAUACUUAUUGGAGGUUGGUCUGUUUCUCUUUACAUGCUUCAUUUCGCGUGGAACAACGUCCAAAAUAUUAUGCUCGAAUAUCAAAAAUACGUUUUAGGAUAUUUUUCGCUCGUACUUCUUAUUUCUCUCGCUGUUUGUUACAAGAGAGGACCUCCAACUGAUGCUAGAUCUCACGACAUUGCUCAAUGGACUCUCCAGCUCGUUGCCCUCCUUUUAAUCUACUUUUCAUCCCAAAUUGUUGAAGUCUCAUUUGGAACCAUGGCAUUCCUUUUGUUUCAACAAUUCUGCAGAAGGGUUGUAUUUUCUGGUAUCUCUUGGUAUAUUUCCACUGUGAAAUCGAUGUGGAGAUAUUAUUUUCCAAAAUCACGUCGCUUGCUCACCGAAGAAGAAUAUGAAGAACUUGGAGAAAAAACCACACGCGAACAACUUGCACUACUCAGAGAAUACUGUAAAAAAGAAGAGAGUAAGCCUUGGAGAUUGGCAGGAAACGUACGAAAUGCACGACGUAACAGGUUAGCACGAUUCAUCGAAGGAGAAGACGAACAUGUUACGGACGAUGAGAUAUUGUGCCAUGAUCUGACUGGUGACAUACUUGAGAGACCUGAUGACUACUACCACGCUGGUUCUGAAACACCACCCUCAUAUGGUACUCGGUUCGAUGACGAUGAGGAUGAUGAUGGUUGGGAUGAGGUUAUAGUUAAGCGAGGAAAUAGUCGAAUUAAUGGAAGUGCGUCUGUUCGUUCUAUUCGGGUUCCUCGAAGUGUCGCUAGUCGACUUCUUUCUCCAUAUGAUCCAAUGAGCCAGUCAUUCAGUGCUUACACCACGAAUAACUAUGAUCAGCCCAGGCACAGAAGACAAGGCGAUAUUGGAUAUGAACCGCUCGGGGCUCGUUUUUCUGUCCCUCGGCAAAGUCGACGAGUUGAUAAUUAUUCUCCGUCACCAUCGAGAGAUUCGAUACAAGAGGAUAUGGAUCGACGGCGACGUGCGAUGACUGAUGUUCGGGCAGUUAGAUCGAAAAAUUCGCGAUUUGGAGCUGAAGAAUUGGCGCGAAUUCGCGAAGCACUUCAUGAAAAAAGAUCUAAUGGUAUCCAACCAGAAGUUUCGAGGCAAAGUGUCUCGACGAGUUCGGUGAAAUCGCCAUUAAGCAUGAAAAACAGGACAUUACGAAGAAGACCAGGGGUUUUCCCGCGUCAAGACUCGGAUUCCGACGAUCUGGAUUCUUAG